GCCAUCUCAGUGGGUUUAGGUUCAGAAUAUAUAUUAGUAAGUUGAUGAAUGGUUUUACGUAGUAAUUAGAUUGUAUACAUAGUAUUAUCAUUAAUGGAUUUUUAUUUAAGACGAGGAAAUAAGGCUUUAGGUUGUAUUUUGUAUUCUAAUUCGAUCAUUAAAGUAUUAAAUUUUUAUAUCUUUUUUUUAAAAAAUUAUAUUAUGGCAGACGUUCAAACAUAAAGAGCUUUCUAAAAAUAAGAGGGAAUUUUCUAAAACUCAAAGAAAUUGUUAGCUAAGAAAACAUCAAAAGGAGUUAGAUAUUGGAAAGAAGUCGGUCUUGGUUUCAAAGUACCAAAGGAAGCAAUAGAGGGUCACUAUAUUGAUAAGAAAUGUCCUUUUACAGGAAAUGUUAGUGUGAGAGGAGCAAUAUUAAAGUAAAUAAAAGUUAAUAGAGAAUAGAGGCAUAGUAAUUUCAACAAAGAUGACCAGAACAAUAAUCAUUAGAAGAGAUUAUUUACACUAUGUUGCCAAAUAUAAUAGAUAUGAAAAGAGACAUAGAAAUGUUCCAGUUCACAUUUCACCAGCUUUUGGACCAGUUAAGGAAGGAGAUAUUGUUGUUUGUGGAUAAUGCAGGUAGAAUUUAAAUAAUAAAUAAUAAGACCAUUAUCAAAGACAGUUAGAUUCAAUGUUUUGAAAGUUAUUCCAAAUGAAAUCAUUGGUAAUGUUAGAAAACAAUUUGUUUUAUUCUGAUUCAAAUUACAUUUGCAUACAUAUAGUACAAU